UAUGGCGGACGAGAACGCUCUUUCUCAUCCAAAAAUUUAUAAUUCUGAGCGUCGCGUUUAAAUACGGAUCACUGGCAUAUUUCUACACAACGAUGACUUGUCUAUAAAAUGAGGAAUAUUAGUCAUGUCUCUUUUGAAGAAAGGAGGCUAUACAAGUUAUGUUUCAACGCGUUCAGAAGAUGACUCGGUAAUUGACCAUGAAAUACAAAAUGUCUCGUCAUCGCGGGUUUAUAUCUUUGGGAAUGAUCGAGCCGAGGAAGUUGAGAUCGAGGAUGGUUCAGUGGAGAUGACAGAGCUUAGACCAAGGAGUAGAAACAAGAGAUCAUAUGCAUCCACUAAAACAGCCUCUAAACAGUCUAAGAAGACAGAAACUAUCGAUCGUGAAAUUCAACCAUCUGAUACCAUUCAAAGUUUCUCUCUACAAUACGGGUGUACGAUUGCAGAGCUAAAGAGAGUUAACAACCUAUACAGUGAUCAAGAUUUUUAUGCACUUAAGACCAUUAAAAUCCCAGUCCAACCACAUGGGAUAUUGACUGAAGUUUCUGAGAAAAAGCAAAGACCUCCAUCUCUCAAAAUACCAGGGAACCAGCCUUCUUCAUCAGGGGUAGAUAAUGAUGAUGAGAAUGACGAGUCUGAUUACGAGGACAUGGAACCCAAUGGAGAGUGUGUUAGAACUGUUAGUAUUCGGUCUGCUCUUGAUUCACCAAACAGCUUUCUAAAGCACAUGGACAAUGAUCUUAAACUUAUUUGCAAAUCAACACCUUUGCGGAAGAGUAAUCUUGAUGAAGUCACAAGAACACUGACGAUUAAUUGCAUAAACCCUAUAAAACUGAGAAAACAGCAAGAAAAGACACUUGGUGCUGCUUGCGGAGUUGGUUGGAAGGGAGUAAUUGUGCUUGUGUUUGUUGUAGGUAUAUUACUGCCUGGAUUCAUUGCCUUUGUAUACCUUAGAACAAAGUACACAGAUCAGGACCAAAGUUCUGAUAAUAGCUGACCAAAAUAUAUUUUUUUAUAUUUAUGGCACAUACAGACAUAAAUUUUGACUAUUUAAUACUCCUUGUACAAAAAAUUUAGUGAUGGAAUUAUUGAAAUGAAAGUGAGAAAGAAAUCAAAGUGGAGUUCUAUUGGUGAUGUACACUGCCAGAUUAAGAUAUAAAUUAUACAAAAAUAGUGAGAUUUAGUUGCAAAGUUAGUUAUGUAAAACAAAAUUUAAAUUUCUGAUCAUAAUGGACAUUAAUCAGUGGCUCAAUCUGUAAACUUUUUUAUCUUUCUCAACUUGAUGCUAAUAUAAUAUGUUACAAUAUUGUUGGAUGCUUUUGAGUGCUCCCUACCUGUGCAUAAGCUAAGGACAUUUCUACAGUUGUUGCAAACCCUAGCCAUACUUCCUUCUAAAACAUUUUCUUGUGUUGUCAAGGACUCAAUCUUAGGCCACUGCAUACUAUACAAGUCUAAUAGUCUUGAAGAUAAAAUUAAUUCAUUUCACUCAAAGAUCUUUUUAACUAAGCGUCGACAGUAAACUUUGUUUUGACUGGCAAUGGUGUUACAUCAUUCAGUUGGAACAUAGCUUGUCACAUUACUUUGUUGGACAAAAAAAUAAGAGACAGAGAAGGAUUUUCUGUUCAAACUCUGAAGACAAUUUGGACUCCAACCCUUGUUAUCCACAGGGCUACCCAAACAGACCAAGGCUAUGAGGAUGACUGUGCUUACUACUUUUGCCAUCCAAGACUCGUACACAUGUUCUGACGAGCCUUUGUGAAGCUUGCAUAAAUAUGUUGUUGUUUUUCUUGAAAUGUCCCACAACUUUGUGGGGCAACCAAAAUAAUUCACGAGGAAAAGUUUCUGGAACAGUACAUUCUCUCGACUUUAGGAAUAAGUUUGAGCAGUAAUCAUUAAGAAAUUGGUGCUAUCAUGUAAUCUUUGCUUCCACAAACGACUUUCUUCUAUUGGCCAAUAUUGAAGAAGACCUAAAUGCACUAUUUCCUAUUAUCAAAUUACAGUUGUGCUUGAGGCAUCUGCCUUUUGUAACAAUUCUUGCAUUGAUAUUUGGGUUGUUAUUUGAAAACUCUCUUCCUUCAAAGGGCUUUUGCUAUUUGAUAGGUGUUAAUUUAUUGAGAAAUUUAAA